AUGGACGGAUCCACUGGAUUCACUUGUGUAACCUGCCGAGUUGUCUUCGAGACGGCCGAGUUGCAGAGGGAGCACUACAAAACCGAAUGGCACAGAUACAAUCUGAAGAGACAGGCUGCCGAGCUGCCGGCCAUCGGAUAUGAACUCUUCACUGAGAAAUCCGCUUCGUUUAAUCCUUCCAAGGUAUUUCGAAAAAUGAUCCGUCUGAAAGUAACUGGAACAUUUUCAGCCGACCGCUGCCGUCGCAGUGGAGCCAUUGUACUGCAAGACCUGCCGCAAAUCCAUAAAAUCGGAGAACGCAAUGACGGACCACGUGGCAAGCAAGAAGCACAAGGAUAAUGAGAAGAAGAGCGAGGAAACCGAGAAGAAAGGACCGAAGCAGCCACGGAAGAAGCAGGAGAAUCUGCCGAAGAAGCCGGAAUCAGUGGAAGAAGACGAGGAGGACGACGAUUCGAGCGGAUGGGAGACAGAUGAGGACGAGGGAAUCGAAGAGUUGAACGACGAAGACGCACUGCCAGCCACUUCGUGUCUUUUCUGUCCACAGACGAAAUCGUCGCUCGAGGAGAUGAGAGAACACAUGCACUUCCAUCACGGAUUCCAGCUGCCUGAUAGAAAGUAUCUGGUAGAUGAGCUCGGUUGCAUCAGCUACUUGGGUUUGAAGGUCGGAGCCGGAAGAUGCUGCAUCUUCUGUCCGGACGUCAAGGCGAGAUAUGCGACUGUGGAGAGCUGCCAGAAGCACAUGCGCGACAAACAGCACUGCAAACUGCGUAGAGACCCGGAGAGCAUGAUCGAACUGAACGACUUCUACGACUUCAGUCCGAUGUACGAGGGAGAGAAUGAGCAAGACACGGCGGAGCUCUUCGACGAUGGAUGGUCCCUCACUCUUCCUUCUGGUUGGUGCUCUUUCCCUCUUCUGCUUUUAUUAACUUUUCCGUUUCCAGGAGCUAAAAUCGGUCAUCGCAACUUGUUCCGCUACUUCAAACAGUACCUCCGACCGGUCGACGGAACGCAGAGACUUGUAUCCAGAGCCGCCAUCGACAAAGCAAAGGGAUUCUAUCCGGCACUGGCCUGGACUGGAACUACUAGUAAGUCAGCACAAAUAUCAAUGUCUCUCUAACCCCAAACGAAUUCAGCUGUCGAGGCAAAGAAGGUUGCGAGGGACAUGAAGUUCGUCGAGAGAUUCCGUCGUCGCUUCGAUCUCCGCGUCGCCGUCAAAUCGAACAAACUGUUCAAGACACGCGGAUUCGUUGGCGACAAUCAUUGA